AGACGCUGCAAAUAAAGCAGAAAAGAAUCGUGUCAUCGACCGCCCAAAAGGAAAAAAAAAAGUGAGCAACGAGAGAGAGAGAAGGAAGAGAACAAAAGGCCCGAGGUUGGAGGAAUUGCCGGCAAGCAUUUUCCCGAAGCGGUGACAUUAUCGUCAUCAUCGAUUCAUCUGCAGCAGCAAUCACUCGUUGGGAUAGAGGGGCACCUUCGCUUCCAACUGCUAACGAAGGGGAGGUGUCGGGAGAAAGGAGGGGGUGGGGGUUGAUCAGGUUGUCGGUUUCGAAAACUCGAAGGAAUGGAGAAAUUGGUGGAGCGGUUGGAGGCAGCGGUUGGCCGCCUUGAAGCCUUCAAUGCGAAGCUCCCCUCUGUGGCGGUGGCGGGAGCAGCGUUGGAAGACGAUUCCCAGGGAUCGACCGAUCCGGCCAUCGUCGCUUACGAGGAGCUGAUUGAGAACUCCUUUGGCAGGGUCUUGUCGGCAGCUCAGAAGAUCGGAGGCCAGGUCCUCGACGUGACGAAGAUCCUCCAGCAGUCCUUUCUGGUUCAGAAGGAUCUCCUUGUCAAGGCCAAGCAGUGCAAGAAACCCGACAAUGCUGGUCUGGUGGAGUUCCUGAAGCCUCUAAAUGAAGAGAUAGUGAAAGCAAAUUCCUUGACCGAAGGUAGACGAUCUGAUUUUUUCAACCAUUUGAAGGCCGUAGCGGACAGCCUUACAGCAUUGGCUUGGAUUGCAUAUUCUGGCAAGGAUUGUGGUCUGAGCCUUCCGACGGCCCACGUAGAAGAAAGUUGGCAAAUAGCGGAGUUCUACAACAACAAGGUGCUUGUGGAAUACAGAAAUAAGGAUCCAGAUCAUGUUGAGUGGGCUAAAGCUUUAAAAGAAUUAUAUGUGCCUGGUUUGAGGAACUAUGUGAAGAGCUUCUUUCCUUUGGGCCCCGUGUGGAGUGCCACCGGAAGUGCAGUUGUUUCUUCAUCAACCCCUCAAAAACCCCAAAUGAAAGCUCCUGCUCCUCCUCCGCCUCCUCCCGCAUCUCUCUUCAGCUCUGAUGCUUCAACUUCACAAUCGAAGGAAGGAAUGGCUGCUGUAUUUCAAGAGAUCAACUCUGGAAAGCCUGUUACUGCAGGACUAAGAAAGGUUACUGCUGAUAUGAAGACAAAGAAUCGUUCUGAUAAAACUGGAAUUGUCAGUGGAGUUGAAAAGGAAGUGAGUCGCCCAAGUGCACCUGCAUUUUCUAAAGCAGGGCCACCUAAGUUGGAGCUUCAAAUGGGACGCAAAUGGGUUGUUGAGAACCAAAUUGGCCGGAAGAAUUUGCUGAUUGAUGACUGUGAUGCAAAGCAGUCUGUCUAUGUUUUUGGAUGCAAAGAUUCCGUUCUGCAAGUAAAAGGAAAGGUGAACAACAUAACGAUUGACAAAUGCACCAAGAUGGGAGUAGUAUUUGUGGACGUUGUGGCUGCUUGUGAGAUUGUGAACUGUAACACUGUCGAGGUACAAUGUCAGGGAAUGGCCCCAACAUUCACAGUGGAUAAUACAUCAGGCUGCCAGUUGUAUUUAAGUAAAACUUCUUUGGGAACAUCCAUAACAACUGCCAAGUCAAGUGAAAUAAAUGUGCUAGUUCCUAAGGAUGAUGGUGACAAGGACUGGGGGGAGCAUGCAUUGCCUCAGCAGUAUGUUCAUAACUUCAAGGAUGGUCAAUUUGUUACUACUGCCGUUUCUCACUCUGGUAACUAGGGCUGAGUUCUAUGUUUUGGCCUUUGAGUAGGAUCUUUUUUUCUUUUAAUUUUCCUUUUUGGGUGCUUUUCUUCUUUUCCUCAUCCUAUUUGGUGUUGCAUAUAUCAUAUACGUUUAGUACACAUGACCUGUUACUUGUUAUACAGUAUGAUUCUGUAGAUUGGUUGUUUGGUUGAAAAGCAUGGCUACUCCUAGACAUGCCGAUCAAUUAGGGGCUUGCGUCAAUAAAGGUCCUAGCUUUUGUAUGUUGGUGCUUUAUCAGCUUGAGAAUGUCAACAGUACAUUGAAAUUGUAUGUUCAAUUUGUUUUAAUAUACGCACUGGCGAGGAUUUCUUUCUUUUGCUUGAAA